AAGCCAUCUCUCCAUCUCUCCUGGGCUGUGCUCUAAGCAAUCUCUACAGAUAAUGCCAGCAAUCAAGGGGAUGUACUGCAUCGACCAUUCAAUUCAUUCCAUCCCGCGUUUGAUAGAAAUUGAAGCAGGGUCAAGUCCCUCGGUUUCCUUUCUAACAUUACGGGGAGUGUGUACCCUAACUUUCGUUCUGUUGCUGGUCGCUGCCGGACGGUCCCAGCCCUUUCUUCUCCCUCUGUUUCUUUCCCUUCAAUCACGAGUUCACCAAUUUUCUUUUACGGUGACCCCUUGACGGAUUGUACCGAGACGUCUCGAAUCUAUAUGACGACUCCAGCGAACAAGAUGGGUUCUCUUGAGGAGUUCUCGGCGGCUGAACAUAUUUUCAACGAUCCAAACUCGUGGAGGCGAGAAAGUGGAAGGGAUUGGGCUUCAGAAGACGAUUCCACGCCAAGUGCAGCGCCCUCCGACGGCCUUCGUUCGAAACGUAAGCCAAAACCCCCUUCCUUCACGUUGAAGCCUUUCACCAAAGGAUUGAUACUGCCUGUCAACGAACCCACACCUUACAACGUAUCAACACCUGGCUCCGUUUACUUGUCGCCCCUGCUUCUAACCUCAGCCCCGGAGUCACCAUUUGACCUUGAAAGGGUGUACGGGCUAGAUUUCGAAGACAUAUAUGGAUUGGAUUCCGAUUCGCCCUUGGUUAAAUCUGAGUCGGGAUGGACAGGGUUGGCAGACAAGGAGGUAUUCGAGCGUUCGCAGAUACUGGCUCGGCUGAUUGAAACCAGCAAGAACAUCACUUCCGAGAUGUCAGAGCUGGUAAAACAGCGGGUGUCAAUCAUAUCGGGACAGGGGACCAUCUUCCGUGCUUUCCCUACUCCAAACGGUUUCGAGUUCGAUUUCGAGGGAGGAGAUUUUCUAACACCGGAUGCUGGUAUUGCGACAGGAGGCUUUGCUUACUCCAGCCCAGGUAGCAUAUACUCUUCGACAAGCGAUCAGACCUCAACCAAACACCCGACUCGACCGUCCCUCAAGAAGGGCUUACGGAUCUCUACGACAACGGGAACGACUACGACAACGGUGAUAUCAAUUGAUUCACCCUCUAAUAAAUCCUCUCCCGGUAUUACGAUCGUCAGUGCAGUCAGCACGUCCACGCCGUACAGUAUUCUGGAUUUCUACGAAACGUCACCUGUUACAACCGAGAAAUCACCAAAGACCACAGGUUUGUUGACGUCGUCAUCUCAAGCUCGCCACUCAAGCUCGCAAAGUAUUGUUCCUAAAACAUCUCAUCCAACGGCGACAACCUUUUCGACUCCCACCGUUCCAUCGCCAUCCGCAGGUUCCCGCUCCGCUGCCACUGCCACAUUUUCCCUCACUAAAGUCACAACGAUUGAUUACUUUCUCUCCAAUGACUCCGCGAAGAUCAUUGAACUACCGGAGGACAUUGGUCUGGGCGGGGCGCCACUCAACAAGAAGCCUCCAUCUCUCUCAAUCGUGACUUCGGUCCCUUCUCGACCGGCUUACCAGGGAAACGCUAUGGUCAAGGAAAUCACGCCUCUGAUGGUUACCAAGAAGGAGACGAAACAUUCCGAGUCCCGCGGUCAGGCGAGCCCUCGGCCAUUACCCAAAGUACCUCGCACUCUCACUCCGCCACCCCCUGUACCUGCUCUACCUACCUUCACCACCGUCCCUCCCGUCUCGGAGCUUCCCAGUGGUACAUCUCACAAAGCUCCCUCGUCCGUGUCAUCCAAAAUCGCCCGCCUCAGUACUACUGGUUCUCAAUCCCGUCCUCCAACCCGUAAGCGUUCGGCGCAAGCUUCACGUCCUCGAUCACCUCCCGCCGUUCUUCUGACUGAACCUCUUCCAAGUCCGCCACAGCUCAAGCUAAGUCACGAGGAUUCGAAAGCUGACUCUAUUACUGAGGUUCUACGAAAAGGGCGUACGCUGGGUCUUCCCUUUAAUCAUACGCCACUGCCUACGGAAGGUGAUAAUGUCUCGACUCUGGGUGUCAAAACGGAGUCCAAAGUUGGGCAGAAGAAGGAUGAGAAGGCAUUGCCCUCUGAUCCUCGCGAGUCUACGUCACAAAACCGGAUGAGGAUAGCGAAACGUUCUGCCACCCCUCCACCUCGAGGUUCUCGAUCACAGAAGAAGAGACAUGGGUUAUCACCUGUUCCUUCACCUUUACCCAGCGGAGCUGGGUUGGCAUUCGAGUCGGGGUCGAGCAUCACUGCGGUCCCGUUGCCAUCUUUAACUGACGAGUUGACAGCUUCUUCCUCCACCGAGGUGAUACCUUCUACACUCCUGGCUGCUUUGCCGCCCCCUCCGUCACCUACAUCAUCCUCUGGAUCCACAUACCCGAGUCCAUCGUUAUUCCCUUUACCACCUGCGGUUGUUUCACGAAUUGAUCCAUCAAAUUUACAAUGCGAACCACUGGCCACGGAUGACGUCGCGGCAACAAACAUUCAAGCAUCGGCCGCUUCCGUAACAGAAAUAGCGGGAGAUGCCCACUCCUCCUCGGGUUCGUUGGUUACUGUAGUUAAGGGACAGAGGGACGAUGAAGAAGGUGGUGGUGGUACUACGGGACACGUAGCGGAUCCUCCCGUCAUUCACAUAACUGUUGUCAAUGGCAAGGGCAGUCCGUCCACCUCGGUCCCAGAUUUGACACAUGUCCCUCCUCUUCCCUCUUCGAGGAACGUUGAAGAAGCCCUGGAGUCAGCUCAAGUCAGAGAUGUGUCUAAGGCAAGGAACGCCUCGCUUAUCGUGUCGACGGCGAGUGUGGCUGACUUAGUGAAGAAUGCAUAUGCCCAUGGUAUCCCACCAGUUGACGAAAAUUCACCUGAAGUGGUGCUUCUUCGUGCCGACUCUCCCAAGCGCCUUACCUCGGAAAGUCAAGGCACGGCCAAUGAAUUGUCUUCCUCCCGGACCUGGAGGACAGUGCGGCAUGCGCGUUCUACAAGUCGUUUGAAUUCCACGGAAUCGCUGGCUAGGACCAGCUUAAACUCAACCUCCAACAGUGAAAUUUCUCGUACUCGCUCUGUUUCUGAUCAUGACCUCCUAGACGAUGGCUCACAGGUGAAACGAGGAAAUACUUUAAGGCAUUCACGUUCUGCCGUUCAAUUAGGAUUAUCCAAGGUUCCUUUUACCAAACUAGGGAGCUUGUUCGAACGGGAUAUCCUGCUCCCCGAUCGUUCGUUAUUAGAAAGACGGACACGAGGGAAUUCUGUGGACGAUCGUCCUCUAGUUACGGACGCCUUUGAACCAGUGGGAAAUGAUGUGCGAACGACGACUUUACAAACCUCUAGCGAACGCCAGGACGGUUCCUUCACAUGGCGAAAGCCCUCCACAGGUGGCUUACAGUCAGCGACUACCGGCAACUCUUCGAGUCCAUCGAUAUCCGUUUCGAAACCCGAAUGGCAGCCCCACUCGAAGACUCUUCGAAUUCCCUCCGAGAUAUUGUCAGUGCGGGGUUCUACGAAUAGUUCUGAAAUGGGCGUCGCGUCUUUGUCUCGACCUGAAUCUUCAGGGUCAUUGCAGUCAAAUCCCUUCCCUGCUUUAGUUGAGAAGAAAGAGUCUGUCGGCAUUCCUGUGGUUAAAGAAUCUAUAGGAGUGUCUCCACGUGCAGGCGAUAUCCCGGCCGAUGGCGUUACGCCAGCGCAGACCUCGGCGUUUCUCCCCGUGGCAGUCCCUCCUGCUCGCUCACUCACACCUGUAUCUUUCGGUAAACUCCCUCUGGAGCCUACUUUCGCGAGUUCCCGAACACAUAGGCGCUCCGUUUCUGAGAAACUUCCGCAGUCUACGAUUUCUUUGUUGACGACACGUGAGCAAAGACGUGCUCUUACACCUAUGCAGACAAUACCGGUUCGGUCAACCUCAGUGGGUGCGCUUGUAGCCACGAGUCCGAGUACUGCUGCUACUACCUCCACUACCCCAAUGCACAGGUCGAAGUCAUCAAUAGAUGAAGACCCGGUGCGUAACUCUUCGCCUUGGGCACGUCAGGUGAGGCAUGCACCCGUGCCCACCGCUGACGCGCUCAUUCCUCCUGUUCCUAUACCCACAGCCUCGACAUACAUGCCACUACCUUCACACCCGAAGCCUACCGACACGAUCUCUCGCUCGACUCCUACACAUUCACCGAAGCCUCCCAUUGAGUCUAUAAGGAGACGUGCGCCGACACCCACACCCUCCGAUCGGAAACGUUUGCCUUCUGAUGCUCUUCCCCCAGUACCGAGCACCGUCCACCUCCCCUCUACGAUUCCCCAAUCGGUCCCCUUGCAGAUGGAAGAAGUAAAACGUGCACCCACACCAUCAUCAUUGACUAGAAGCAGAUUAGUGUCAACAGCUUUCAAGGAUUUGCCCCUUCCUCCCGUGCCUAGUGGCGUGAAAAACACCCCAAUCGAUUGGAGUGCAGAUGAUCGCGUAAGACGCACACGCACCCCUUCAGGAUCUACGUCGUCCAACAAUGUUCCCGGUAUUAAUGUUCCAGAUGCAACGCUUCUGGCCAGAAGGUAUCGGAAGCCUUCGAUUUCAGCCGAGUCUCGCAGUGCAAAUGCGCCUUCUUGGCCGUCUCUUUCAUCUUCGUCUACGACCUCUGGCGGAUCUGAAUCAUCAGCAAGAAGGUUUGCCCAGCCAACCGUAUCAUCUUCAGCGAAACUCAAGCAGGGGACCUCUUCCUCUGCUGUACCCACUUCGGAGGUAUUGGGAUCUGGGACGUCUUCAUACAAUGUGUUGGGAAGCAAGGUUCAGCCUCCACCUUUACCGCCUAAAGCUGAAUUGAGGGGACGAGUGAGGGCAAGGCUCGAAUCACCUAUGAGUGGAGGAAGGGCGAGGUCGGUUCCUAGAAAGGCUAGAGAAGGGGGGAAUUUUGUUGAACAGGCAAGUUUACCAUCGUCAUACGAGGAUGAGGUUGUGAGAAGAGGGAGAGGAAGACCCAGUUCCCCAACCAGGGAACGCGGAAGGUCUGGGGGACCAAAUGCAGAUGGACGUGAAAUUCGAAGAUCACUUUAUGCCAGGAGUAGGAGUGUCGGUCCAACUUCAGCCGAACAGGUAGUCAAGGCUCGAAAACGGACUUCGUCAUUGUCCGUCGCUCCUCCGCCUGUUCCGAACUCCAGUCUGUUGUUACCCGGUCGUUCACCGUCACGAGUACCUAGCCCUUCAUAUGACAUCAUUCGAGGAAGAGUGUCGCCGUUCCCAGUGACACCAACAUUGUCGUCGUCUUCGAGACCUUCGUCGAGGGCUCUGACAUCGUUCUGAGGUGAUUUUGAAAUCGUCUUACUUUGUUAAGAGCGUUACCUACAUUGCAUUCAUUUUUGCAUGACCUAGAAUAUCUAAAUUAUUUAGCCAUGGCUGCCUCU